CGGAGCAAAAGAAGGAUGUCACAAAAACAGCUGAAAGAAGCCUUUAUCAGUAACCUGAACGGAACGAGCUUGCUGGAAGUUUCGCUGGGCUUGCCUCUAGCUCCGCUCUGCCUGCUUUGCAGAGGACUCCUCUUGAUUUUGUAUUACCUGCACAAUGGGAAGCCUCUAAGUUCAAGGAAAUACAGCCUGCUGCUGGACUUCGUUGUGCUGGUGUCUCCUCUCCUGUUCUCCUGUACAGUCCUGUCUCCAAUCAUCUUUUUUCUGCCAAGCAUCAUUACAGCCAUCUGUGCAGGAAUAUUUUCUAAAAUAUACAGCCAAAGAAAACAUGAUACCAGAGCACCUUUCAGGCAAAUUGUAAAAGACUUCCAGAAGGCAUACUUGGAUUCAGAAUACAUUCCAGCAAUAACUGCAUUCCGUGUUUAUGUCAACGUGCUGACAUCGAUCAGUAUUUUAGCAGUGGAUUUCCCACAGUUCCCAAGGCGAUACGCCAAAGCUGAGACCUAUGGAACUGGAGUUAUGGAUUUGGGGGUUGGAGCUUUCAUUUUUGGUAAUGCUCUUGUUAGUCCUGAAGUUAGACAAAAGUCAUAUGUGACGCAACCAAAAUUUUCCCAUCUGGCCAAGCAGGUUUUUUCCAUCUGGCCGUUGAUUUUCCUUGGUGUUGGACGACUCCUUAGCGUUAAAUCUAUCGAGUAUCACGAACAUACUUCAGAGUAUGGAGUGCACUGGAAUUUUUUCUUUACCUUAGCAUUUGUGAGGCUUGCAGCAUCUCUACUUUUAGCCAUAAUUCCAAAAAAUUAUUCUUGGAUUGUGGCUAUGAAUCUCGCUGUACUUUAUCAGCUUAUUCUUAACAUUACCUCUCUGAAGACAUUUGUCUUGCAUGGCAGCAACGGCAAAGAUACUAGGGUUGGCUUUUUCAAUGCCAACAGGGAAGGCCUGCUCUCUCUCUUUGGAUAUCUAGCCAUAUACAUGGCAAGUGUGCAAGUAGGGCUCUAUCUGAUGAAGUGCAGAAACUCGGUCAAGGACUGGAUGGAAGCAGUCUGCUUCUUAAUGCUGACCAUCCUUGUGCUCUUCGUACUGCUUCACCUGUCACAAGCACACGCAGACCCCGUGUCCCGCCGGAUGGCCAAUCUGUCGUACUGCAUAUGGGUCGUUGCUCACUGCCUGACUCUCUUUGUCUUCUUCGUAGUGACUGAUCUCAUGCUGGUGUUCACAAAGCUUCUCGUGAAGGGCUCCAAUGUGCCCUCUUGUUGGAGUGUUGGAAAGCCCCAUAACACCAGCAAAAAGGAUGCAAAGGAGGCUGUGCCUAUCGGAAGGGAAAGUGAGCUGUCGCACGCUUGCCUGAUCAGUGCUGUUAAUAAAAAUCAGCUACUAUUUUUCUUGCUAGCAAAUGUUAUGACUGGUAUUGUGAAUAUAAUGAUAGAUACAAUCCACAGCAAGGCUGCAUUUACAUUAUGUAUACUGCAUUUGUAUAUGUUUUUUAACUGUUUAAUUAUGUAUACAUUGCAUGCCAAAAAUAUAGUAUUAAAAUUUUGGUGAUUCCACCCUGUCUUAAGGGGGGACUAGCUAAACUUUAUUUAGUGUUUAAUUAAAAAUGUAUUUAAUGAUAUGUAAAUACAAUAUUUUAUAAGUUAGUAUUUAUAACAGCUUUUUAUGACAGCUUUUAAUGAUUAUUUGUAUGUAUUUAUUUAUUUUUAGGUUUUGUUUUACCAAAUCAUACAAUCGGUACUGUUACCUGUUGAAGAUGUUGCACAUUUUCCUGAAAACCUAGUUUCUGAGAUCGUUUGCUGAAUACUUGCACUGUUUCUGUAAACAUAUAUGCAGAAAAGUAACGUUACGGCUAGUGAACUGCAGAUUCGAGAGGUAUGUUUAUAUCCAAGUGCUGGUAAGAUUAGAUAACACUGUGCAGAGUCGAAGCCAGAUGAAAAGUAAGAAAAUGAGUAGUACUUAUUUAUAGACAGACUUAGCUGUGUCAAGAUCUAGAUAGUUCAGGCCCUUGCAUAAAUAAUAGAUAAGAAUAAUUCUUUAUAUAAAAUCUGUUGGAUGAGUGGAUAGUUAAAAAUGUGUUUUGGCCCCAGUCCUGCAAGGAUUUAUGCAUAUGCUUGACUUUGAUGGCAGUAAUUGUAUGUGGAAUGUUAAUCAUAGACUGAAAUCUAAAUUAGCCUUUGAAUUAAAGCUAAAUUUUAUUUUCA